UCGAGCUCUUACUGCAGUAUUCCCAGUCAUCAUCAUGACCGACGGGAAUGCUAUCAAAGAGUGCAGUCCGUUGUCCGUUCCGGCAACGUCUGGCAUUGGCACACGAAGAUGGGUUACGAAGGGCGGUAGCGACGUUUGCCCAACGUGCGAAGGAACGGGAGUGUUACCAAAAGGAAGGAAGGCAGAAUUGGUGGCAUUAAUCCCAUAUAAUGACAGGCGACUAAAGCCCAGUAGAACGAAACUGUAUGUAGGGUUUACUCUUGCUGUCUGCUUGAUUUUUGCUUUUCUACUUGGUUUCUUUCUGUUUCCUCGAUCGGUUGGAAUUAAACUGUCUUCAGUAAAGAUCACUAAUGUAUUGUUGCCGAAAGUGAACACGUCGAUCACUCUGAUAGUGAAGGCAACCAUCAAGUUUACCAAUAACAACUUCUACCCGGCUACAGCCAAACACAUUUCAAUCUCAAUUGUACAUGAUCAUACGUCAGUGACCACGUCACCUCAGGAGAUUCAUCCAGUUGCUGUGUCAAUGAGAUCUGCAAACACAAUGGAAACCAAUCUAACACUGAACUUUACUAAGGCCAGUGGUGGUGAAAUUGUUCGGUGGAUUUGCAGAGGUGUAAUUUCUGUCAAUCUUUAUCUAGAUUACAAGACAUCCUGCACGUUUCACUAUCUCAUAUCACAAACAGAAGAAGCCUCCAGUGACCAGAAUUUCUACGAACAUUGUGGUACAUAGUCAAACAACCAACUUUCAACUGUACUGUAUGAUCAUUUAUGUGCUUGUUAUAAUGCAUCUCUAGACAUGGUGUUCAUUGUCAUACAAAUUACAUAUAGCAUGCUGUAGUGUAGUGCUGCUGUAUGACGGUUUAGUUUAGUAAGAAAUUGGAAAAAAUUAAGAGAUUGUAGAGAUUGAGAUCUUGAAUGUUUUGAGGU